AUGCCCAGUCUCUCUCUCUCUCUCUCUCUCUCUCUCUCUCUCUCUCUCUCUCUCUCUCUCUCUCUCUUAUUUUAUUCUCAGAGCACGAAACGCCGGGCAGCCAGCUGGGCGGUCGCCAUUGCUAUCUACCGACCAACCAGCCAUCUCACUCUUUUUAUCACCCCUAGCCCUCCCUUUUCCCACCGUGCAUUCAACUCUAUUCAGCUCUUGAUGUCCGGGUCUGCAGCAACUUCCAUAUCUGGAUCAACUUGCUGUGAGAACGGGCGCCCUCUAGUGACGGACCCUCAUACCGGACAGACUGUGUGUUCGUGUCAGUACAGUUCACCACCCAUUCUAUCUUAUCCACGCCUACCAGAAACCAUGUAUGGAACAACACCAUAUGCAACUCAAAGUUAUGUACCUAUUGGCACCGAUACAUCAGCAUUCUACUCACCAUUGAAUGCUUCCUACGACUUAAAGGAUGGUUCUGAUGCCUGGCGAGGAAUCACUCAAUCGGGAGCCUGUUACCCCUACGAACCGUCAAUGACAUAUUCUUAUGGUGGAACAUAUGGAACAAUGGAUCUGAAUGGUGCUGCGCGUAGGAAGAACGCCACCCGCGAAACGACAAAUACUCUUAAGGCUUGGUUGUACGAGCACCGGAAAAAUCCUUAUCCUACGAAAGGAGAGAAGAUUAUGCUGGCGAUCAUUACAAAAAUGACAUUGACCCAAGUGUCCACAUGGUUCGCCAAUGCCCGACGACGGCUGAAGAAAGAAAACAAAAUGACUUGGUCGCCACGCAAUCGGUGCGGAGACAACGACGACGGAGAUGCACGGGACAAAGGUGGCGAUAGUGACAGUGAAGACCUCAAAGACAAAGACAAUGACCUGAAAAAGAUGGAUGGACUUGAUUCAACAGACGAUCAAGAUUGCAGUCGUCGGGCCAAGGAACUUGUAUCUCAUUUGGACGUGGAGAAAGAUGUACACAGCAUGAUCCCAGGCUCUCUUCAGAGCAGUCCAACUUCAUCUCCUCUCCCUCCAACUACCUCUCGCCACAGACUGGAUUACUCGGACGCGUCCCGUCCCCCAGUGAGCGAAUCACCCUGCGCUAGCAGCAACGACUCGGCUCUCAGCGAUGAAGCGAAUUCAUUGCUGAAGGAUUCUCAAGACCACAGCGAUGGCAUGAAGCCUCGGAUAUGGUCACUGGCUGACACGGCCACUUCAUCAACGGGUAUGAUCCAAAGGGCCUCUGGGAUGCCGCUAACGCAUGUCCAAAUGAACAAUAAAACCAUGUCAACACCUGCACAACCCCCACCACCUCCACCACCUCCACUACUGACCGCUGCCGCAGCUGCAGGCACCGGACUCCGCAACUGGCUGGGCAAUUCGUUCACCAACCCUAACACAAAUUUCUCACCGACUGUAUCAGCUAUGUACACGCUCAACACACAGAGACUGGUGGACACAACGGCCGGGAAUAACCUGGGGCAAAUGCCACCCGUGGCUCCACCAAACAACACCUCAACAACUACCCCGCAUCUUUUACGAUCGUUCGCCCAAGUUAAUUCUUUAUACCCAUCCGCCAGAGACUUAUCUCUUUAUUUCAUUGCUGUCUUUUUUCUUUCUCCACCCUUUUUGUGCCCAUCUUUCUUUCUCUCUGUAGGUUUAAUUUCUUCACUAUCUUUCUCUAUUCCUUCAUAUUUUCUUUCUUCCAUUCUCUUUUUUUUUCUUUUUCUUCUUUCACUUUCUCUUUAUUUCUGCCUACUCUAUCAUACAAAGUCACAAAGUUUGCUCAUCUAA